AUGCCGAAAACAGAAAGUUUCCAUGCUUUAGCUCACGAGUGCUACAAGACAGCCGGCUUUGUGGGAUUAGUUCCCAUUGGAGGUAGCGCACGCCAGGCGGCCUGUUUGGAUUCAAACUGUACUUGGCAGUUCAACCAUGGCUUAUAUUUGCAUAACGAAUUGACAUUCUUUAGAGGGGUUAUUUACAAGGGUGUUGACAAGACAAAAGAGGUAGAUGGUGUAUAUAACAACUUCAGACGUUCUGUCUCGCCGGUCUGGUGGGAGAAUGUAAGCUACUGGGGGAAGCGGCAAACGUGUAUGGGAGCUAAUGGUUCCUGGGGUAACAUUGAGAUAUCCCAUCUGUUCCGUGAGUGGAUUUGCGAGUACUAUGAGUACGACAAAUCCGAUCAUGUAUUCUUUCCCACAUAUCCAGAUGGAGAUCCUAUCGUGCCGCCUGCAGAUGGCAAAACAUACACGCAUUGUGGUAAACCUAUCAAGUUUGACGCCCAGAUUCGCUGGAUUUAUCAACGCUGCAUUGAACCCCCCGUAUGGUAUGUAGAGCUUUGCAUCACGCUUGGCAUAACUAUUGCUGUCUUCGUUUUGAUCAUUUUGGUCAUUAUUGUAAUCAGGUGUGUUCGAAGGAGGAGGAAAGAACAAAAGAUGGAGAAGCUGCUGACUACCGGCCUAGAGAAUCCAGCACGUAUUCCAACCCAAUCGCAAAUAAAUAUGGCCGGAAGCAUGUUUAUAAAUGAUAUGGAUCAAUAA